CAUGGAGGGCAGCAUAGUGCGCCUGCCAGAAAUGAUUGCUCUGAAGAAGCGCUACAAGGCCUACCUUUACCUAGACGAGGCCCACAGCAUCGGGGCCCUGGGGCCUAGAGGCAGAGGCGUGGUCGAUUACUUUGGCCUGGACCCCUGUGAUGUGGACGUCAUGAUGGGAACAUUCACCAAGAGCUUCGGUGCUGCAGGGGGAUACAUCGCGGGGAAAAGGGAGCUUAUUGAGUACCUGCGCUCCCAUUCCCACAGUGCGGUCUACGCAUCCUCCAUGUCUCCACCUGUGGUGGAGCAAAUCAUCACUUCUAUGAAGUGCAUUAUGGGAGAGGAUGGCACAACGAUAGGCUGUGACCGUGUGCAUCAGCUGGCAAAGAACGCAGUGUAUUUCCGCAGGAAGCUUCAGAAGAUGGGCUUCAUCAUCUACGGAAACGAGGACUCGCCUGUUGUACCCAUGAUGCUCUACAUGCCCGCCAAGAUAGCAGCGUUUAGCAGGGAGAUGUUGAAGAGGAACAUCGGGGUGGUAGGGGUGGGCUUCCCCGCUACGCCCAUCAUCGAGUCCCGGGCACGCUUCUGCAUCUCUGCCGCCCACACGAAAGACGUGCUCGACAGGGCGCUGAGUGUCAUCAGUGAGGUGGGAGACCUUGUUAAUCUCAAGUAUUCCCGGCAAAAGAUACAGCCGUCUGUGGCACGGUCCUUCGACGAUAAUGUGUUCGAGGACAUUGACGACUGAUUCCUCUCCUGAAGCGGCGUGAACCUAACAACCCCGGAACACACGGAACAGGUCGAGAUGGAUCACAAGUCUUCCACGAGAACCGAGGUGUGCACAGGUGCCCCUUGUCACUAGCUUGCCAUAACGUAAAUCAUCCGCAUCAAAUGGGACACUUAAAACUAUUUUUUCCUGUGUAGUUUUUGUUAGUUAUUUUUUUAUCAUUUUGUGUCCAAUAAUUUGUAGUUAUAUGUCUGCUGUGCUUGUAAAAUUGGUCAUGUUUAGGGUUAGGGUUAGCCAUAUGGUUGCGUAUGUGAUGUGAACAAAUGCCAUAUUUGAAAUGGAAAAUGUCAAGUUUCCAAACAAAUGUAUCCAUCUUUAACUUUUAUGGGUAAACAAGGAUUACUUUUAAACAUCAAUAAUACACUUUCAUAGAGUAUUGUUCAGAUCAGUGGUUAUCAACAUUGGCUUGAAUCAGAACACCCACUGGUUUUUCGUACAGGAAGAAGUUACUGAUCACAUUUCCUCUUUUUUUAAUAAAAAAAAACAUACAAGGUAGAUACAUUUUUAGGAUAUAUUAACAUUAUACCCAACAUCCACCUGGCAUUAUUUUCAGACUUGUUUAUGUGGCAAUGCUCACUCUACCAGGAAGCUACUAGUUUUGUAAGUAAACAUAGGUAGGUUGUUCACAUCUUUAGGGGACUAGUCUAAGAAGCACUGCUAUUGAUACUUUUUUGCUCUUCAACCUGAUUAAGUACACAUUUUUAACCAAUGCGUUUGACAUUGGCUUGUUACUUAUCUUUAAUUAUAGAGUUGAAUUGCAAGAUCCAUACCAAACUUUGGCAAUAUAAGGCGUUGCUAAUUGUAACCCCAAAAAUAAACAGUCUCUGCCUGUAACUCUUCAUGAUACCAUAUUCUGAUUCCGAUUCUUUAUAUAGUGGCAUCUCGUCGGAAUUUCAAACCAAGCAAGGCAUAUUCCCAAUAAAAGUUAGCAUUAUUCCCAAAAAAAGUUAGCAAUUAGCAUCCAUAAACUACUGCUUGACAACUCAAUUUGCCUCAGCUGAACCAAGUCUGUUUCAGUGCAACAAUGCCAAAAUGGAAAUCAAGCCAAGUAGUAGUGAGCCUGUAAUUAGCCAUAUUAGCUUAGUGUUGGAUAUUGAAAAGCCCUACGCUGCAUAACUCCAACAAUCUGGUACAGCUUCUUAAGUCCAAUGUACUUGGCAUUAACUAAAUCUGUAUUCAUUUCAAAUGCAAGAAGAAAACAACUUUUGUGUGGAGUGAAGCUCAGCUAAUCCAUCAGUCCGCUUAACAUUUCAUUGCAUCCUUUUUUUUUGGUAAUUUAAUUAUUAUUUUGUUGAAUUUGUUUAAUUGGGAAUUCAUACUAAUGAUAGUAUUUUGCAAUUUUCAGUGACAACAUUUGAGUUAUAUUAAAAUAACUUAUAUCCUACUACUUCAAAAAUAGUGGAUAUCAUUUCAAAAGUGAUUGUAUCAGCUGUCACUGGUUGAACUAUAAAAGCUCUAUUUUAAUAAAAAAUACCAGUUUUCGUAAACGCUAACUUUGUAAUCCAUAUUGAUUCUAAUAAGUCAUUGCUACAAAAAAUGGAAUGCGAACAAAUAUCCAGUGAACAUUUAAAGACAAAUAAAACCAGAUUUGCCUGUUACAUAUGGAUUUGGCCCUUUUUUAAAAGACAGAUGUCCAAUAUAUAUAUAUAUAUAUAUUGUAUAGUCCAGUUGGCUUUCAGAUUUGUAUUUUCUAUCUAGGUCGGUAUCGGGAUGUGGACAAAUAUACCCCUAUUAUAAUAUUACUAUUUUUCAACAAUAUAUUAUAGGUGUCAGGUGUAAACAAAACAUGUCUGGAUUUGAGUUGUGUUUGAAUUAAAGAUAUUUUCAUUUCCAUCCUAUCACCUGGGUUCUUAUUAGUAUUAUCAUUGCUCUUUGUAUGAUAACGUUGUCUUAUGUAAGAGAGAAAGCUUUGUUUGUGCGAUGACACAGAUGUCAUUAACAUUUCCAAUCAGUGUUUAACUAAGGAUGUGUGUGAUUGCUUGCAUGGUUUCCCGGUUUUAACGUGCUGCACUUUUACCUUGAUUUCUUUUUUUUACACCUGUCUUUUGAGCUCUGGGUUUAUCUUGGCAUUUUUGCUACCAAAGUUUUGAACAACACUUUAAAAACCCACAUGCAUACAUUCACACUUGCAUGCACGCAUACUAAUAAGCAUUGUGUAACCACUCAUUCCUCAUAAUUACACAUGUACAGUAAUAAUCAGUCAUUGAAGCUGCUCUGCACCACAGCCCGUCUCAACAAUAUACAGUACAGUAUUCUUAUGAAUGUUGACAUAAAAAUCUACAUAUUUCCAGAGAAAGUUAAUAUAUCUGUCUGGGUUUAAGGAAGGUUUUCUUUGCCUUCUUCCAUAUCAGUGUUUAUCUUAAUCCUUUUUUUAUUUUCUGACUAGAAAAUACCUAAAUUACAAAUGAUUGUCCAUAAGCUAAAAGUUACACAUGUAUGUUGUUGCAGAUUAUUAUAUUUUGUUGAAUUGUUUUAUGUUUGCACACAGGAAAGCCAUGAAAUCAUACUAAAAGCAGGCAUUUAGACUAUAUUUUGAUAUGAAAGCAGAAUAAUGUAAAGACCCAAGACCUUAUGACCUGAUAUCUUAAUAAUGCUUUUCUUAAAGGGACAGUGCAGACCUUUUUGAAAUGGGGUUGUAUGAGGAACUUAACUGAAGUAGGUUGCAGGUAGAUUUUUUUUAGAUGCUAAAAAAACGUUCUAUUCGGUGCCAAUCCACAGCCGCAGAUUGCUCGCUUCUGUGCUUUUCUGUUUCUCCUGAGGCAUGUCAACUGCUUAAGGUAUUAGAGUGGUGCAGGAAUAAGUCUUCAGGUUCCAUCGUCUCGAAGUCUAAGUUUUUUUACUUGAUUUUGGUUGGAUGCCAGAAUUAAGGUCUGUGGUUAACUCUCAAGACUUUUAAGUUUUGUUUCUAGAACAUAAAAUACGUUAUCAUAUACCCAACUGGUGAAUGUCUGAAGCUUAUAACUCUUAAUAACGGCCGUUGCUAACAGUCGGCUAAAUGAGACUAUUAAACGCACGUCGAGCAUUAGCUGCCUUUAGCUUAGCGGUGGUGAUACACAGUCAUGUGACCGUGAUGUUUAUAGCCUAACAACUUUUUACCUCUAGUGAUUGCAUUGAAACUUCAAAAAUCAUAAAGUCUAGUUGAAAUGUGGAGAUUAUUACAAAACGUGUAAAAUAAACUGUUAAUUUGCCUCAUCUUAUUUUCUGCAACGUUCAAAGCAGCCCUUGUGGUGAUAACUUCUAUUGGCCUACAAAAAUACAUAAAAAAUACAUCACUGCAUCAUUCUAUAGUACACUGAUUAUGGAUAAGUAGCGCACAACCCCAUUUCAAAACAUCCAAUGUAUCCUUUUAAUAAAAGUACCUUUUCAGAACAAAAAAGAUCGUCUCAUGUGAAACAUUCUGUGCCCUUUCUGAAUAAUACAGUGUGUUCCUUCACUAAACCAUUUAACGGUUUUGGUCUUAAAAAUUAUGUACAUUAAAAGGAAAACUUUUCAGCUUUGAUGUAAAAUGGAGAUAAUCCCGGUAUUUUGUACAAAGUUUAUAUUGUUUCAUUGCAAAGGAGCUAAUCAGAAUACUUUGUUUACUAAAGAGAAACCUGGAAAAUAUGGUUAUCACUAUUACUGGCAGCUUGUGUUGAGUGUGCCAUUAAUAGAGGUGAGUUACCACACAUCAGAGAUAAUUAUUUUCUGAUAUAGUGCCUUUUGAAGCAUUUUCUAACAGUUUUGAUUAUAUUAAGUGUCAUAACGUUGAUUGCUCAUCUUUUACAGUCUUUGAUUUAUUUUUACUAUUUUGUCUUCAACAGUAUUUAUAACUAGUGCUGGGUGUGUUUCCGUCGACUUAUUGCAAUGCAUUUGAUUAUAGAAAAUGCACUAUUUGCCACAUUUUCAGCAAAUUAUUAACAUGUAAAGUGUCACCCAUGUUCAUGAUAUCAAUAGAUCAUUAAUAAACAAUAAAAAAAU